GCCAGCGCCAGUUCCAGUUGCAACUACGAAGCGGACGGACGCACGCGUUCGACGCGCGCGGCGCGACCACAUUCUUAUAUAUACGAUUCGAUUCCACUUGCUAUCGCGACGAAAACCGCACGCAUUCGUGCCCGACGUGCCCUAAUCGCCACCAGCAUAAAAAGCCACACACCAACUUGGACGCUUUUUCCUAAUUACCACAUCGUUGUACAAUUUCGUGAGUGCUUGACAGUGUUUUUCACACCGAAAUAAAAUUGCAUUUGCAUAGAGUUUUUGGGUUAUUCGAACUAACAUUUAUCGCAUUCACACACCUGCGUGAAGUUGACUUGAAUGUCACACAGUGUUGAUUAAAAGUAUUUGUGCACAGCGUGUGUUUACGGGCGAAGAGCAGCGGUGAAAAGUGCGUCGCCACACGCGCGCGCGCGCGCACGAAUUCCGUUCGCGAAAUUUCGCGCAGCAAGUGCAAGUGCAAUGCGCACACGCACGCGUCGCGUACCUGCUGAAUAUCAGUGAUUUAUCAAAACAUUCGUAUCGCUCUCGCGCGCGCGACUCUACAAACACUACGUUAAUUGCAGCAGCAGCAGCAGCAGCGCGCGCUCGCAUUCUCUAAUAAACACUUGCGCAAGUGCCUCGCGGUGUGCGGAGUGCGGUAAAAAGUGAAACGAACGCGACGGUGUGAUGACAUGAGCGACGGCGUCCGUUCGCUCGUCAUCGUUAGAAAGGGACAAUGUCGCACUGCAAGAAGUUCACGCCGAACAUCUUCAACAAGAUCAAAUGCUCGAAUUGCUUUCGGCAGAAAGAGGAGCACAGCGCCGAGGCGCUGGAAUGCAACCGAGCUAGUCGCAGCAUCGCACGGAGCGGAUAUCUUUUCGUUGCGCCUGAUUGGGACUUUUCUGUGCCGCUGAAUAGGACUAAGCGAUGGCAGAGGCGCUGGUUCGUGCUGUACGACGACGGGGAGCUCAAUUAUUCCGUCGACGAACACCCUGAUACAGUCCCUCAGGGUUCUGUUGACAUGUCACAAGUAUUAGAAGUGACUGGAGCUGAACAAGUCACCGGACAUCCCCAUUCGUUGGCACUGACUGGUCCCGAUAGGGUGACUUUCGUGAAAGCUGCGAGUAGGGAAGAUGCGCGUUGGUGGGCUGAGCUUUUGGCGGUGUUUCCAAGGCGGCAUAAACGCAACGCGACUUUUCCCGGCGGGCGAGCAUCACCCUCGCUGCCGCAAUUGGGGAGAAGUGCGUCGCCGCAGCCACCACGACCGCGCCAUCUCAGUUGCACAGGGCCUAGCCCUCGGGCGAAUUUCACAACUCCGCCUGUACAAGAGGAACGCGAACGGGAGUCCCCAGCGAAGGACGAUACGAUCAAUACGAAUUCGAGCUCGACGCUGAAGCAAUACGACAGUAUAAAUAAUCUGAACGCGAUUGGUGGGGCUUCUACCCUUUCGGGGGCGAAUCGGAACAGUUUGGUUACUGUCCCUCUUCCAAUUGAACAACCAACAAGAAGCGAUUACAUCGUCAGUUCGGGUUCUCCUCCGACGCGUGAUAAAUUGCGAUGCGAGGACAAGGAGCGAGUGCGGCGCGACUGGCGCAACGAAAGACUGCGAGACAUCGCCACAGCGCUCACCGACCGCUCGCCGGAGUCGUCGCUGGCGUUGCCCGCCGAAGGCCUGCUCCACCUGAAAAAGGGUUGGUUAUGGUUCAAAGACCACAAUAACGGCGAAUGGCUGCGGUUAUGGUGGGUCCUCUGCGGGCCAACGCUCAGCGGUUACAAGGAACAAGACGAGUCGACGAUGCCGGAGGUGUCUGUCGAAUUAUCGACGGUCACCGGCUACAGCGAAAUUCAAACCGAGACGCGUUAUGGAUUCCAGAUCCAAUGGUCCGGUCCGACGUUAACACUCAGCGCCGUGACGGCUGGUAUUAGAUCCAAUUGGUUGCAGGCCUUGAAGAAAGCAGCGCCAAAUUCUGAAAGCCCGGUUUCUACACCUGCAACACCUCGCUCAUCACUUCUUUCAUCCGAUGAAGAGUAUCGGACCGCUUCCGAAGGUGGCGGCCGGCGUGAUUCGGAAGAUUGGGGCGAUUACAGUGCCAGCUCGCCGAUUCCAAAGACCCUGCUAACGCGCGUGAAGGAUCGCAACCGGUUGCGACCCAAGCUGCCGCGGUGUCAAUCCCGCCAGUCGACCGUUGAUAGCGUGUCAACGGACGAACUGGACGGAUUCAAUUUGCCCAUCGUCGACCUCAAGUCCAGCUUCGGUGCUGGAUUCACCACCUCCGAAGUGGACGACCUCAAGAAGCAGCUGAAUCAUGCGCGCAACGACAUUCAGAAUUUGGAGAUGGAGGUGACCAGGCUGAAUCUGCUUCAAUCUGAGACCGGCGUUAAAGAAAAGCAAUACAAAGAGAUGCUGCAUACAUUAGAACGCACGCGGGAUGAAUUGACGCAAAAGUUGCGCCAUGCGGAUGAGAGGCACACCAGAGACAUGAAGUCGUAUCAAAGGCGGCUGACGGAUUUCGAGCAGGACGUGCGCGAAUCCGAGGACCGUUGUGCUAGUAAUCAGAGGGAGUUGCAGGCGAAGCAACGCAUUGUUACCAGUUUGCAGGAGGAGUUGAAAUGCGCCAACGAUCGUCUCUCAAGAAAUCGACUUGAAAACGAUCGAUUGUAUAAAAAGUUACAGGAGUUGGAAGGCAAGAGUCUGCAGAAGUACAAGCGCAUUGCGUCGCUCACUGAUUUAACCGAUAUUGACUUGGAAGUUGACUUGGACACGCUGAACCAAAACGAGCUGAUUGAACAGUGUCUGGAUUUGCGGAGUCGAUUCGAGAAGGCGGUCGUGGAAAUUCGAGCUGUUAAACGGGAGCUGCGAGAGUCGCAUGCGAAAUACGACGAGUUGGAGCUUGAAAAUGUCAGCAUCAAGCGGAGUCUCGAAAUAGCCGAGCAAGAGAAUCAAGCGCAAGCGGCGUUGACAGCUAGCCGAGUCCAGGAUUUGACUUCGAAGCUUGGCAGUGCUGAAAAACAAGCAAGAGUUUUGAAGUCGAAACUACAAGAUUCCAGAGAAAAGCGUCGUUCGUUGUCACUCAAAGGCAGGGAGAACUUUUCACUCAACAAGGAAGUGGAAGAUAAAGUGACGGAGCUGGAAGCGAAAGUAAUGAGUCUUGAACGUGGGCGUUCGAGGAGAAGACGACGGGAUCGUAGUUCGGAAGCUGCUUCCCCGAUUGAUGACAAAUCUUUGCGACGUUUGCGGCGUAAAAGUUUGGAUAGCGCUACUUCCUCCGAACCUAUGAAAUUACUCAUGCGACUGAGUUCGUUGGAGAGCAAGGUCAAUCAGGUGAACACAUCAAAUGAAUCGUUGACGCCGCUCAAUGCGAGCGUGAACGAUUUGACAAAGACUGAUAUUAGCAUUAAUUCGAAUAACAUCGUCAAGAUGGCGAAGGGGAAGUUGGCGGAGGUUUUGUAUAUAUUGACGAAUAUGAAGAGCAAGAAGCGACUCAACUUCCAGACGAUAGAACACGAACUUGCCGAAUUGCAGGAGAUUCUGAAUUCUAAAUUUAGCGAAAGUGAGACACAAGUCAUUCGCAACUCAACUACCACUGUAAUCAGGCAGUUAGAAGAUUCCCUGCAUGAUAAACUGUUGGAAUUGUCAGAGAAAAAAGCAAUUUUGAAAGAAUCAAAUCAAUGGGACCAACAUGCAAAGUUAGAAGUUCUAGCGCAAAAGAUGGCGUUUGAAGAGUUAAUUCUGUCACGGCUUGAAGAUGCAAUGAAUUCUGAAGCAUCAUGCGAGCGUUUGCUUCUAAAAGAAUCCGUGGAGACUUCCAAUUUUUUGAAGAGAUUGGAACGCAAGUUGAAUGAUGGCGAAUGUGAAGAACUUCCCCAGUCAAACACUAGUUUAGAAUACCUUACAAAUGUCCUCACAAAGCGACUCCUCCUUUCUUCAAUGAAUAAUCCUCAAUCCGUGCAGAAUCCCUUCAGAAAUUUGAGACCUGCUGUUGCGUAUUUGGAAGAAGAACAAGAAAAAAUUAACAAUUUGUUGUUCACCUACAAAACAACCAAAUUGCCACUUUUGGGAGAGGCUUUAGCAUUGGAAACAUUAAAUCUUUCAACGGACGAUAGUUGUCAAUUGAAUCAAAGCAUUGGCCAGACAUGGAGCACCACUCGUCAAAUUGUAAACUCCGAAUUGAUAACCUCAGAAAUCAAUCAUAUUUUGAUGAGGACCGCUCAGAAAUAUGAAGCGUUGAGUAGUGAAGAUCAAAAUUCGUUUUUCACAUUUUUCGCACACGAACGCGCAGUGCUAGAAUUGUGGUCCGACACUGUUGAGAACACACUACGUGUUGAAAUGGAUAAAUACAUUGAAGAACUGACAAAUGUUUACCAAAAUGCGUUGGGCAAACAGAGGAGGAGUUCGUAUCGGAGCAGUAAUACACGAAAAAUAGAACAAUCCACCAAUACAUUACUUUCGGAAUAUGCGGAUGUGAUUGCACAUAAAGCAUUGGUGGAUGCAAGGAUUUUGGUGCUCAAAGGACAAACGAACGAUGCAAACGAGAUGCAAAAUCAAGAGGUCAGUGAUAACAUGUUGAUGAAUUUGCUUGAGUUGGAAUCUUAUUGGGAUUGCAUGGAGAAGUUGGAAUUGGUGCAUCCUAGUCCCAAUAUUGUAAUGGAGUUCAAGUUAAUGCUCGGCGAAGCGAACCGGGAAAGUGACAACAAUGUGCGUGCAUCGCAUGUUGAUGGUGUGUGCAAUGCUGUGCGGGCAUUGAGUCAACAUGUCCACAGUUUGGGUGAAGCAGUCGGAAUUGUACCAAAGGAUGCAGAGAGCAGGAUCUACGGAUUGGAGAAUGCGUGUCAUAGAUGUAGAGAACUGCAUGAGUCGUUGAGGGCCAUCGAGGAGAAAGUACUCGCUUUAAAUCAGACUAAAAGAUCUUCAAUCGAAGAACGUCGUCCGAUUUAUUUAGGUACCGAGUAUCUCAGUCAAGUCGAAUCGCUGCGUAGCGCGUAUCGCAACAAAAUGGCCGAAUGCACCGAUCGUAAUCAUCAGGAAAACCUGGAACAACUGCAGGUACUUUCGGAGCGCGUGCUUGCCACCCUAGAAUCCUGGCAUCGUCGGACGCUGCAAGAUCUCCGCGAGACACAUAAUCAAGAGCUGGCUGCAUCAAGACGCGACAAGGAACAGGCGCUCGCUGAAGAAACUCAGGCCACACUCGCUGCAUUGGACGCAAUGAGAAAAGCUCAUGAAGCUGAAGUUCAAAGGGAGGUGGCCAGAUUUAAACAAGAAUUCGCCCGGGAGCAACACAAUGAGAUUUUCGAACUGAACGAACAACUGUCGGUGAAGUGUCUGGAAGCCGCCACGUUACAAGAACAACUGGGCAGCGCCAAUCGCCAACUGAUGCACGCUCAGAACCACAUCAUGCAAUUAUCGAAGGUAUAAACAAUUUGGUCGCAAUCAAAGGUCAUCAAUUCGUACUAGUCUUAACGUCAGCCUCAUACGAUACGUAAAUUACAUAUAUUUUCUUAAAGUUUUUCAAUUUCGAUUGUUGCACCGUAAUGGAACGUAGUGCAAAGUGCAAACACCUAAAUACACUUAGGUGGAAUUAUGCUAUAAUGUUUUUGUUGUGUCAUAUCUAUUCAUUACAUCUAUCUUCGUUGUAUAUGUAUGUAUUGUCCUAAGUGUAUUCGUAUAUAAGUAUGUAGUUUUUUGUAUUUGUGUCACGUUUGAGUAUGCAUUCUGUGUGUGUAACAUGUAAAUAUUGUUUUUAUGUUGUUAUUUUAUGAUUACCCGAAUAUUUUAAAUGUUUAUCCUGUGCAAUUUGUCACAUGUUUGUCCUGUGACUACGUAGUGCUUGUGUUGUGUAUGUAUUAUCAGAGUAAAAUGUGUAUAAAAUCGGUUUAUUGUAAGAAAUCAAACGUGAAAUGGGAGAAAGAGAGAGUUAUUUGUUUAAAGAAUAUUAUUUGUGUUGGGUUUAUAUAAAUAUGGAAUGUUAAUUUCAUUAAAAUUAUAUAGUUGAUAAGUCAAUUGCUACUAAUCUGA